UUGUUUAAUUUCUGUGCUCUUAAAUAUCCUCCCCGCCCCCCAUCAUCUUUUGUGAUUUGCUGAAUUAAGUUCUGUUUGUUGGAUAUAAAAGUGAUUCAUACAGGAAUGUGAAAGCUUGAUAAACAAAUGAGUUUUCAUGCCUGAACCUUUUCACAAAGGAAAGAAGUCAUCUGUGCGAUUCGGUGUUCGACUUCUUGAAAAAUGACUAAGCAGCGUAGGACGUUGUCUUCUUAUGGCUGAGGCUGAUGAUUGGAAAAAAUCCAUCUCCACGAAAGGUCAUGGAGCAUUCUUGCAAUGCCCCAGAUGAAAGUGGAGAUGCGGAUCUGGAUCCUAGAAUACAGAUUGAAUUAGAGAAAUUGAACAAUGCAACUGAUGAAAUCAACAGAUUAGAAAUAGAACUAGAUGAAGCAAACACAACAUUUAGGCUGCUUUUGAAUGAAUCAACACGUCGUUUGAAGCUUCUGAGUAAGAAGUUAGGGAGCUGUAUCGAACGUGCUCGACCAUACUAUGACUCUCUUGAAGUGGCAAAGAAAGCUCAGCUGGAGUGCCAGAGAGCAGCCGUUCAAUUUCAGCGAGCUAAUGAAUUUCAUCAGGCGGCUAAGGAGACAGCAGUCUUGGCAGAGCAGCGUUUUCUCAGUAAGCAGCAUGAGUGGCAGUUUGACAGUGCAUGGCAGGAAAUGCUUAAUCAUGCCACCAUGAAGGUCAUGGAUGCAGAUAAGCAGAAAGCUGAAUGUGGAAGAGAGCAUCACAAACGGGCCACUCUUUUCAACGCAGCUGAACAGAAAGUCCAAGAACUGGAGCAGCGGCUUCACCGGAGCAUAACGAAAUCACGCCCGUACUUUGAGGAGAAAGCAUCGUGUCAGGGUCAACUUGCGACACAGAAGGAAAGGGUGGAAGCAUUGCAGCAUGCUGUAGCAAAGGUUAAGAGUGAAUAUGCAGAGUCACUCAAGGAGCUGGAGAGAAUCUCAGAAGAAAUCCAUUACAAGCGUGGUAGUGGUCGUUUGCGGAAGGUCACCGAUGAUUUAAUGCUGCCACAUGGACCGAGGGAGCCCGGGGUGGGAGCAGAAAUUAAUGUUUGUGACAUUUCUGAAUUUGGCAGUGCUCUCGGUAGUCAGGGUGCCGUAACGGAAAUGAACUUACAGUUAGGUAGAAGUGAUGUAACAAAUAAAAUGCCAAUACUGACUGACUAUGAAUUAGAAUUGGAUCGUUGUGAUCUGCGAUCUCUUGGAAGUCUCUCUGUAGGAACAAGUUCUGCCGUGAGUGAAAAGGAUGAUAGUGAAGUUGUGGAUGAUGAUGAAGAGGUUGUUGAGCUGCAAAAACGGAGGGUGCGGGAGUGGGCAAUACGACCUGUUAAUGGAGGAGAGGGGCAGAGCUGUGACACGCGGUGGGAGGAGGAACUGAGUGCUGCUGUAAACAAACUGGACAGAAUAUUACUGGAACAUAAGUCAAACACGGUGUCAACUGCUGUUACUGCAGAGACAGAAGAGUCCCUGAAAGCACUUUCAGGUACAGAGUGAGACAAGGGCAUAGGCACAGAAGAAACUUUUAUUUGUUUCUUUACUAUUAAUGUAACAGUGUAAUUCUAAUAUUAUAUUGUAUGAUUGUUUUUGCUGUUCUCUGUUAAUGUAUCGAUGGGUACACAGAAUCGGAAAAUGGAAGCUUUGAAGUGUAUCUACACAGUGCAAAGAAAUAUUGCACAUGGUGUUAAUAGACUUCAUAGGAGUAUCAGAUAAUUAGCUUUUAAUUGCUUCAGUUGUUUGAAGUACCUGUUGUACAUAGUGAUUGAUUAGUAUACAAAGAAUCUGGUAUUAAGGAACCAAAUCAUCUGUCAUGAUUCAGUGGCAGAACUAAUUUAUCCACCUCACACUGAGUACAUCUGAUUUAUUUGCAUAUUUGAAAUACAUAAGCUAGAGGACAGAUGGUAAGAGAAAGCUUUUCUUUUUCAGGGUGAGCAUUUGUGAAUGUGGGAAAGAAAAUAUAUUGUAAUUGAAACUUUGAACAACGUACUGUUAACACUGCUUUCUUUUUAUUUAAAAAUAACUUAAUUCAUUAAUUAGGUCGUGUGAGAGGAAUAGGCUUUAAGUAGUGCAAGAUAUUUCAAACUUUUAUGCUCUGCUGUAUAAUAUUAACAGAAUUAAGCACAUGAAAAUAACUGAGACAGCUUGCAUCUUUUAAAAAAAUCUAUGAUUAUGAAACAGAGGAGAUGUUAUAAAUUUAAUUCUUACAAUUUAAAAUACCCUUUCACAUAUAAGUGUCCAUUGCUGUGGACUGUUUUUGUGUGAAUUUAUCCUUUUUGUUCAUCACACUUUAUAACGAUGUCAUCAUUCAGCUGAGGAACAGAAUGAAAUGUUUACUGCUCCUUUGAAUUUUUUUAAGUAUAUAUCCUCUUCUACGAGUGAUUAGCCCAUCACAAGGCCUCUACCUACACAGGACAGUACAACGCAGAAAGACGCGGACAAACAUUUGUGCCUCGAGUGGGAUUUGAACCCACGGUCCCAGUGCCCAAGCAUAUGAGAUCUAUGUCUCAGACCGCAUGGACACUGCAACCGGCUCCUUUGAAAUAUACUAUUUGCAAAUUUCACUUUCUUUUCUAGGAGACAACUGCGUACUGCAUUCUCAGUUUUCUCUUCCAGUUGCAGUAAUGUCACUAAAUCUUCUGUGCAUAAUUUUUCCUACUAUAAAUUUAUGAUUAAAGUCACUUUUAAAAUCCACAAAAGCUGUAAUUAAUCACCAUAUUCCAAUUUUUGUACAGGUUUAUAAAUAUAUUAAAUUCUACUUACUGGAGACAUAACUUUUCAACAUAGUUUGCUAUAAUAGCAAUUGUUAUUUUUACCAUAUAAAAUCAUCAACUGUAAUAGUAAAUUUCCUUUAUGAACCAAGAUUAACAAUUUCACUAAAAUAUUUCCCUUUUACAAACAUCAGAAGGAUUAUGUUUGUGAUGAACUUCUUUCUCUGUACCCACCAAAGCAAGGGUAUGAAAUCUCUUUCUGGAGCAUCUGUAAGGAAGAUGUUACUCCAAAUGAUAUAGUGAUAAUAAUUUGAUGGUUGGCAAAAAGGACCUACAAUUUGACAUGAACUCUGAACCGUGGUGGGGGCUUCUAGUUGUUCUUAUUCCAAAAGUUUUACCUUUGACAGCGGUUUGCUUAAAGAUCUGCACACAGACAUGACCAGGGAUCAAUCCCAGAAACUGAAUGAAAGUCUUGGUUGUUACCCUGAGGUGACAAGGUCCCACAUACAAGAUAAAUACACAUCUUUGGUGAUUAUGUGACAGACUUCCAAGUGACAUUAGGUGGUCUAGUAAAUUUGUACUUGUAACAACUGGACAGUUCUUCAGUAGCUUGAAAGUAAAUAUGGUCUAACCAUUAGAGCACCCCACUCACUUUUUGUCCACCAGUGAUAUUGGCAGUAAAUUGAAAUUUUUUGUGUUUGGGUGUAUUUUAAUGUAACUUCUUCACUCCAUGACCAGUCAGGUGACUGUAUUCAGGCUGAAGUACUUCUGCAUACUGUAUGUUAUUGACUCAAGUGUGAAGAAAAUACUUCAAUUACGGAAGAAUUUAUUAGCGCUGUUAAACGAGUAAAACUUUCAUGGAUCUGUAAGUGUUCUACCAGAAUUCUUAACUGUAUGUUACUGAUUAAGAGUAUGAAGAAAACACUUUAAUUAUUGAAGAAUUCAUUAGUGCUGUUAAACAAGCAAUAAUUGCAUGGAUCUGUAAGUGUUCUACCGGAAUUCUUAACUGUAUGUUACUGACUCAAAGUAUGAAGAAAACACUUCAGUUAUGGAAGAAUUCAUUAGUGCUGUUAAACAAGCAAAAAUUGCAUGGAUCUGUAAGUGUUCUACCGGAAUUCUUAACUGUAUACAGCGUAUUCUUGGUAGUGUUUUCAUUUUCAAAUCAACUCCUCUUUAAUAGCAUGUUCAUUUGCUGUGAGUGCCUGAAUUUGGAGUGGCACCAUUUAUACUGGUGGCCCCAGGUAACAACCAUGUGUCCUUCAUGGCACACUACGUGGUUUCUUACCUUAGGUUUUAAUUUUUAAUGCAGAGGCCUUUUACAAUUAAAUGUUCAAGGUUGUCAUUUGUGUAGCUAUUAGAAAUAGAAUGGCAAGGAGCUGACUUGAUUGCGAUGCUUAAUGGUACAUUUGUCAUGCCACAGUCAUUGCAGAUGAUGGCUAGUGGGGGUGCUGGUUUACCGAAGGGUUCCCUUUGAAAUUACAUUUGGAAUUUGUGUUCUGCAACUUUCAUCGGUGCAGUAUGAGGGUUGCAAUGUAAAAAAAUAUAUGUAUGUGUGCGCGUGUAUACAUAUACACAUGCACACAUGGCCCUACAACCCAGAAGACAGCCAUAUUCACACCCACCACCAUAAAAACUUCAAAUCCUAUGUGACAUGAGGUAACAUGUGCAGAAGAGAAGUGUUGCUAUUGGUGGUGGAAGCAGCUUACUUGGGACUGGGUGCAAGACCUGAAUAAAAACUUUGAAGAGAUUCAGUGUGCAGAGGUUGGAACUGUUGAGUUGGUGUGUUUGGAAUGGAAUAUGAAUCCCAGUAUUUGAAUUCUAUGAAAGUGGACCUGGAUCAGGCAGAAAACAGGGUAGAAUAUAAGCAUUUAAAAAUGUGGAUUGCUGAAAGGAUAUUGGAGUUGGGAAAAUGUUACAUGCCUCAUAACAUUUAAUAAUUCUACUUACACUCUGAAAUUUUGUUCAUGACUGAGCUUUUAAAAAUUAUGGUACCAGAGAGAGUAAAAAGUAUUUGUCCUCAUCAAUAUCAUCUGGUUUUUCUUUAAUUAUUUCUAAUAAGGGUUCUUCAUAUGUUUUAUGGACACCCUUUUUUGGUAUCUUCAUUUGUAUUUGUAACGUCUCUGACUUGACUUCUUCUGUUUCAUUGUCAUUUACACUUGAUGGAAAAUUCCCGUGUGUUUCAUUUCAUUCUUGAGCUGUCAACAUGAGGAACAGCAGAUGAUUAGAGUAAAUAUGUUUACCUUUCUCUGGCCCCUUGAACUGAUGUCACCUCUUGUAACUUGAUUUAUUUUCAAAAAUUAUUACACAUAUGUCAGUGCUUGAAAGGAAAAAACUGUAUGUUAUAGGGUGGUAUUUCUAUCUGCUUGGAGUCGCAUCUAUUCAUGGGAUGUACAGAUGUGUGUGAAGCAAUAUCGAAAUACAUAAAAAUUACAUUUAUGUGAGGGAAAAGUGAAAAUGAGUGUCUAUGCAUUGCAAAUCAAUUUUAUGAGAACCAGUUUCCCAAACUCUUUAGGAGCAGUGGACAGUAAACAUUGUGAUUAGGAUUAGCCUGAUGAUAGUAAUCUCUAUUUUUCAGUUACAAGAUAUUCUUUCCAACAGUCCUCAUGCCUUUAUUUGGCCAGAUUACUGCUUUAUUAGUCUAGAUGUAAUAGCUUACGGUGCAUCUAAUGACUCUAAUAUCUGCCGGUUAUCGUGCAUUUUAUUUUAUCAUUUAAUUUUAUUAAAAACUUAUAAAAUCCUCUGAAAAAAUAUAUCUUUUUUACAAAUAAACCAACGUUAACACGAAAAUGA